AAUUUGAUAAGUAAGAGUUUGAACAACGUUUUAAAAUGAAGCGUGUCUUUCUUCUAGCCUUGUUUGUUUAUGUUCUUAAUGGAGCAUACGCGACAUCGUAUACAACGUGCAAGGACGGCUGGCUGGCCUUUGACGGCUCCUGCUAUUUGUUUGGCAGCAGCCAUGCUACUUUUACCGAAGCUGAGCAUUACUGUCGUCAACACAGCAGCCAUCUCGUGCAUGCGAACAAUGCCAACGAGAAUGCCUUUCUCAAAGACUUUAUGGCCAAAUUACAAACGCACCAGUGGUGGCUUGGGCUAACUGAUGAAGUUGUGGAAGGCGUUUGGAAGUGGUUUGACACUGACACAGUGGCAGAGUUCACAGAUUUUACCUCACAUGAAGGAAACGAUGGUUUCGCUGUCGACUGUGCAAUGUUUGAUUCCAACCAGCAGUUUCACUGGGCAGACGUUCCCUGUACCUCAAGCAGGUGGCCCUUAUGUGAAUCAGACGGAAGGGAUUCAGAACAAAUUGUUGGCUAGGCCUGGUUCUCAGCUCAUCAGAUAGAUUAGUUGUAUACUAAGCAAAGAAUUACAUAUAAGCAUCAAGCGAAAAAAUAAAUAUAAGCAUCAGAA